CGUCUCCAAUGUCCCGUGCCUCUCGCAUCUCUCCGACUCCGUCGAACUUCUCUCUGUCUCGCCGGGCAUCGGGAUCGUCUCUCUCUUCUCCGCCACCAGAGACGGACCCAGCCGUGAUUGUAGGCUUGGCUUGUCGUGUGCCCGGUGCACAGAACCCUAGCCAGCUAUGGCAGAACAUAGAGGCGCAGAAGGACCUGCGCCAGAAGAUGCCGUCCAACCGGUUCAAUGUGGACGCCUUCUAUCACCCGGAUGGGACCAACAAGGGAACUACCAAUGCCAAGUAUGGCUACUUCCUGGACCAGGACAUUGCCGACUUUGAUGCGGGUUUCUUCCACAUCUCUGGCAAGGAAGCUGAGGCUAUGGACCCUCAGCAGAGACUACUCCUCGAGGUUGUCUAUGAAGCCCUUGAGAAUGCUGGCAUUACACUAGACGAAAUCAACGGCUCACAGACUUCUGUGUUUUGCGGUUGCUUCACUAACGACUACGACUCCAUGACCAACAAGGACCUUGAGUACUACCCCAAGUACACGGUCACAGGAACCGGAAACUCCAUCUUGGCCAACCGUAUCUCCUAUUUCUACAACCUCCACGGUCCGAGUGCAACCAUUGAUACGGCUUGCUCUUCCUCCUUGGUUUGCUUCCAUAUGGGCACGCAGUCCCUCCGCAACAAUGAGUGUGACAUCUCGAUUGUUGUCGGCUCAGCCCUCCACUUCGACCCGAACAUCUUCAUCACUAUGACCGAUCUCGGAAUGUUAUCGGUCAACGGACGUUGCGCUACGUUCGAUGCAUCGGGUAGCGGUUAUGUCCGUGGUGAAGGAAUCUGCGCCGCUGUCCUGAAGCGCCAGAGUCAGGCCGAGUACCAUGGCGAUACCAUCAGAGCCGUCGUGCGUGCCUCUGCUACCAACCAUGACGGUACGAAGCAGGGAAUCACCCUCCCCUCCUCCACAGCUCAGGAGGAUUUGAUCAGGAGGGUCUACAGCAAUGCUGGCCUCAACCCAGCGGACACUCAGUACUUCGAAGCACACGGAACAGGAACUGCUCGUGGUGACCCAAUCGAGACAAGGGCAAUUGGAGCAGUUUUCUCGAAAUCUCGCAAGGAUCCCUUGUACAUCGGUUCUGUUAAGAGCAACAUUGGACAUCUCGAGGGUGCCUCGGGACUCGCUGGGAUCAUCAAGACUACCAUGGCUCUGGAGUCUGGAAAGAUCCCUCCGAACAUGCACUUCAAGAACCCUAACCCUGAGAUCAAUUUCGACGAGUGGAAGCUAAGCGUUCCUCAGUCUAUGAUUGACUGGCCUGCAACAGAGGGCCUGCGCAGAGCCAGUAUCAACUCUUUCGGAUACGGAGGUACCAAUGCACACAUUGUUCUGGAGGCCUACCAGCCUUCAGUGAGAGCCUCCGUGAGUUCUAUUGAGCUGCCAAAGGAGUUCGCACCAAUGGUCUCCGGAAGACCUCUGCUUAUUCCGCUCACCUCCCACUCCGAGAAUGCUGGGAAACUGCUGGUCUCCCGCUUCGCCGGCUACCUCCAGGAACACCCAGACCGCAGUGUCUCGGACCUAGCUGUGAGCCUCUCGUCGCGGCGCUCGCUGCACCAACAGCGCUCCUUCGCAAUUGGAAACGACCGAGAGAGUGUAUUGGAAAGCCUGAACAACCCGUCUCCGAAUGCUAAGUGGACAGCCGCCAGCAAGGAGAAGCCCAGACUUGGCUUCGUCUUCACCGGACAGGGCGGACAAUGGCCUGAUUGGUCUGUUAUUGAGGAGCUCUUGCGCUCGAAGGAAGAGAGUCGCCUCGGACAGACUCGCUUCUCCCAGCCAAUUUGCACUGCCCUACAACUGGCUAUCCUCGAUCUGCUGAAGACAUGGAACAUCGAGCCCUCUUCCGUUGUCGGUCACUCGUCUGGUGAAAUGGCCACCGCCUACGCUGCUGGAAUUCUCUCCUUCGACAAUGCCAUGAUUGCUGCUUACUACAGAGGUUUAUACAUGUCGAACGGAGUCGAAGGCGAUUCUGUUGUCCGUGGUUCCAUGAUGGCAGUUGGACUGACUGAGAUGGAAGCGCUCGGAGAACUCAAGUCAUACCAGGGCAAGAUCUGUAUUGCAGCCGUUAACAGUCCCUCUAGCAUGACGCUAUCUGGAGACGAGGAUGCGAUUGUUCAACUCAAGGAGAGCCUCACCGAGAGGAAGAUCUUCGCCCGUCAGCUCCAAGUCGCUCAGGCAUUCCAUUCCCACCACAUGCUCCCUCUUGCUCCUGCCUAUGAAAAGGCUCUCAAUGGCUGCGAGGGUUUCACUCCCCAGCCUGCCAAGAUUCGCAUGUUCUCCAGUGUUACUGCUCGUCUUGCCGACCCGGAAAAGAUGGGAGCUGAGUACUGGACUGCCAACAUGACUGGGGCUGUUCGGUUCUCGGAUGCCCUGACCGGUAUACUCCUUGAUGAUGAGGAGGAGAAGAACGUUGACAUCCUCGUUGAAAUCGGACCUCACCCUGCCCUCAAGGGUCCGGCCCGGCAGGUCGUGCAGUCUCUGAAGCUUGACAUCCCAUACGUUGCUUCAUUGACUCGUGGCGUCCAUGACUACGAAGGGAUUCUUACUACUGCGGGUCAGCUUUUCCAGCUUGGAUAUCCCGUCAACCUCGAAGCAGUCAACAGCGACCAUUUCAUCUCGGAGACCGGUUCUAUCUACCAGGUCCCACGAGGCCAGAGACUCCGAGAUUUGCCCUCUUACGCUUGGGACCACAAGAGAUACUGGUCGGAGACUCGCUUUAUCAAGGAGCAUCGUCUACGCAGUCAGCGUCACUCUGUGCUGGGUGCUGUGGUUCCUGGAUCCGUGGCGAAGUACCCGCGCUGGCGCAACUACAUCCGCCAGAAGGAGCUCCCGUGGCUGUCUGACCACGUUGUCGAUGGGAAGGUCAUUUUCCCAGCAGCAGGCUAUAUCAGCAUGGCCAUCGAGGCUGUUGCUAGUACUAUCGACCGAAGCCUUGGGUUCAAAGAGGUCUCCUUGCGAGAUGUGGUGGUGAAGUCAGCUUUGAUUCUGGACGAGUCCGACGUCGGUUCCGAGAUCAUACUGGAGCUGCGACCGGCCACUAUUUCAGCCAAAUCGAAGUCUGAUGCUUGGUAUGAAUUCGUUAUCUCCUCCUAUGAUGAGAACCAGAGAUGCACUGAGCACUGCUGUGGUCUCAUCUCCAUUGAAGCUGGGGCUCCUGCUGCGUUCAAACGCCUUGACAUCCAUCCUACCUUCAAGGCGCUCCACAAGAAAUGCAACGAAUGUGUUUCCGCGGACAACUUCUAUCAGCAUCUCUGGGAUCUUGGUCUCCAGUAUGGCAAGAAUUUCUCGCUGUUGACGGGAAAUCUCGAGACCGGCCCUGGCUUCGCACUGGGAUCUCUCGCCUUCCAGCCAAGCCAGUACGCUGCUGAACAGGCCGAUUUGACUAUCAUGCACCCGACGUUGCUCGAUGCUUCCUUCCAUGUCAUCUUUGCGGCUAUUGAAUCCAUCAUCGGUCGGCCACUCGACGAGGCUCUCGUUCCAACCUUUAUCCGUUCGUUCAAGAUUUCUGGUUCUUUUGCUAAGGUGAUGACUGCAUCUAGUGAGCAAAACUUCGAAGUCUGCUCCUUCACGCGUCUUCCCGGACCGCGUGUUGCCAUCAGUGACCUGCUGGUCGCUGAUAAAGGCAGCGAUGAGCCUCUGUUACAAUUCCAGGGCUUGGAAGUGACGUCUCUUGGCGCAGACAGCAAUGAAAACGCCGCUUCUAGGUCACUGUUCUUCCGCACCCGGUGGCAACCAGCUUUCGAUCUCUUGAAAUCGGAUUCUCCUCUACUCUCCAACCGUGACAUCAGUGAGUUAGUGGAUAUAUUCGCCCAUCAACACCCGAACAGCGCAAUUCUCCACUUUACCCCAAGUGUGCAGCGUACUCGAGAUGUCUUGCGCUCUCUGGGCGGCGACUCGAACGAGCGCAGGCGGUUCAAGUCCAUCACCCCUGUUUUCUCACAGGAACUGCCUAGUGAGGAGCUGGAACUCCUGGCUCAAGAGAGGAGUGGACUCAUCGACGUUUCCGAGCCCAAGAUUGGCGAAUAUGACUUGGUUAUUGUGAGCAACGCUGCUCAGUCCGAUGUCAGCGCCUUUGUGAGAGAGGGUGGUUAUGUUAUCACUGACGGCCAGACCAUCGAUGGAAAUGGGUUGACUGCUAUUUUCACUACCGGAGACCUGACGGCCUGGCGCAAGGAAGUCGAGCGUGUUUCCAGCGAGGGCCCACUGACGAUUAUUCUGCCAUCUCGGCCUUCGGAACGCACUCUAGAUCUCGCUCAACGCAUCAAGACCAUCUAUGGCAACCCGUCCAUCUCAUGCACGUCGUUCGCUACGCUUGCCAAUCAGCCAGCCCGUUCUGAGAAUGUCAUAGUUCUCUCCAAUCUCGAUGAAGCAUUGUUUUUCGAUGAGGCGCUAGACAGCCAGCAGACAUACAAGGCGGUGCAGAGUCUAUUGACCAGCGCAGGCAAGAACAUCGUGUGGGUCUUGGAGAGCGCAACCCUGGAGUCCUCAAAGCCGGAACAUGCUAUGAUUGUCGGUCUCGCGCGAGUUGCUCGCAGUGAAAAUGACCAGCUCCGGCUCGUAACUCUCGAUAUGCCUUCUGCUCACCCCAAUGACCUCACGGCAAAGCGCGUCAUUGAAGUGCUCGACCGCAACCUUGAGGAAGAUGAGAUUGCUGAACGCGACGGGUCUCUAUUCAUUCCUAGAGUGGAAGCGGAUGACAGCCUCAACUCUAAGUUGCGCAACGGCGUCAACUCCCAGCCGAGACUCGAACCACUGGGAAGCAGACCACUUGCUCUCAAGAUCGGUAAGGUAGGUCUUCUCGAGACUCUGGUCUUCGAGGAGGAUGACGAAAUCUUGGACCAUGAACUCGCGGACGAUGAAAUCGAAAUCGAAGUCAAAGCCUCCGCUAUCAACUUCAGAGAUAUUGCAGCCUCGAUGGGUAUCAUCGAAGACUUCAAGCUCGGUGAUGAAUGCUCGGGCGUGGUCCUGCGCGUCGGCUCGAAUGUUGAUAAGGCAGCCUUUGAUGUCGGUGAUCGUGUCGUCGCGUGGAGACCUGGCCAGGGUGCUCACCGUACGAUAGUACGCAACCCAGCUUCUCUCUGUUACAAGCUUGGCCCGAUGCCAUUCGCUGAAGCGGCAGCUCUGCCACUGAUUUUGACCACAGCUUACUACUCACUUGUGGACACUGCCCGCCUGCAGUCCGGUGAAUAUGUGCUGAUUCACUCGGCUGCUGGUGGUGUCGGGCAGAUGGCUGUUCAGAUCGCCCAGAUGAUCGGAGCCAAUGUCAUUGCCACUGUCGGAUCUCAGGCAAAGCGCGACCUCCUCAAGAGCAAAUAUGGUCUCAGGGAUGAGCAGAUCUUUUCUUCCCGCGAUGACAGUUUUGUCCAGGGUGUUAUGUCCGUUACCGACGGACGUGGUGUGGACGUCGCCCUUAACAGUCUGGCUGGCAAGCUUCUUCACGCCACCUGGAGCUGCAUGGCCGCGUUUGGUCGAUUCAUUGAAAUCGGAAAGCGUGAUAUCCAUGAGAAUACUAAGAUCGAUAUGGACCCUUUCCGGAAGAGCGUCACCUUUGCUUCAGUGGACCUCAUCACUAUGUUCGAGCGCAACAAGGUUCUUGGCGCUCGCGUGCUCCAGGAUUGCUGCAAGUUGGUUCACGAUGGGCACAUCACUCCUCCGGAGUCUAUUGCUGAACUUCCUUACUCCGAUGUCAUCAAGGCCUUCCGUCUUCUGCAGAUGGGCAAGCACACUGGAAAGGUUGUUCUUGUUCCGCACAAGGAGGACGUGGUGCCCGUUCGCCCGGCAACCUACCGAAACAAGAAGCUGUUUGACUCUGCGAAGACGUAUCUUCUCGUCGGUGGACUGGGAGGCCUUGGACGUACUCUGGCCGAGUGGAUGGUCAGAAAGGGCGCCUGCAAGCUAGCUUUCUUCUCUCGCUCGGGAGCUGAACGAGCGGAAGCCAAGGCCACGGUCGACUGGCUGCAGGCCAGGGACGUACAGGUUUCCGUAUACAAAGGCGAUGUUGCAAAAUAUGCGGACGUUGAGUCUUGCGUCCGAUCUAUCAGCAACCUCGGUGGUGUCUUCCAAGCUGCUAUGGUCCUCCAGGAUGCUCCCUUUGACAGCAUGACGCACAAGCAGUGGCAGACCUGCACGCGUCCAAAGGUCCUCGGAGCCUACAACUUGCACAAGGCGACCUUGCUUCAGCCACUAGACUUUUUCGUUUGCUUCUCAUCUGCAUCUGGCACUAUUGGAUCCAAGGGUCAGGCCAACUACUCAUCGGCCAAUGCCUAUCUCGAUGCGCUUAUGAGACAUCGAAGGGAGAUUGGUCUCGCUGGAUCCACAAUGAACUGUGGUAUGAUCGUUGGCGUUGGUGCUGUCGCAGAGAACCAGGCUCUUCAGAAGGUCAUGGAGCGGAUUGGUUAUGAUGCAGUCAACAAAGAGGAACUUCUAUACCAAAUUGAAGAAGCUGUUACCUCGGACAAUUCGUUGAAACUUUCGCCGCGUAAUGUCGAACUGCACCAGACCAUUACCGGAUUGAACCUUUCAAAGAACGACCUCUACUGGUCUUUCAAGCCCUUGUUCAGGAAUCUGUACUCCAACAACGACUUCAACCAGAGCAGUGGUCAGACCGAGGGCAGCAAGAACCUCGCCGUAUUGCUCCACACCGCAGCUACUGUUGAAGAGCGGACGAGCCUCCUGCUCGACGCCUUCAUCGAGAAGAUUGCCGCUGUCCUUGCUGUGCCUGCUGACACCAUCCAACCGAGCAACCCGCUGUCUGCGUACGGACUGGACUCGAUCGUUGCUGUGGAGUUCCGGAAGUGGUUCGCCAAAACUGUUGGCGUCGACCUUGCGCUUUUCGACGUCCUUGGAGCCGCAUCCAUCAUUGCCCUGGUCAACAAGGCUGUCGGUCUGAUCAAGCUUGAUACCUCGUCCAGCAAGGAUACUUCUGAAGCCUCUGAAGCUAACCCCAAAGCUGAAGACAAGAAGGAAACCGAGUCGACUACAUCGCAGGCAGUCAGCGUCAUCCCCAAGGCUGACACAUCGCUGCCCAUUCCGAUGUCAACUUUCCAGAGCAGAUUGUGGUUCUUGCACAACUUUUCCGAGGACAAGACAUACCUCAACCUCCCUGUUGUCGCAUACCUGAAGGGUAAACCAGACAGAGUCGCCCUGCGAGAGUCUUUGGAUGAGAUGAAGAGACGCAAUCCAAUUCUCCGAACAUGCUACUUCGAGGGCGAUGACUUCGCCGAGCAGAUGAUUACUGAAGACUGCGAUUCAAGACUCGGGUUCGAGGACUGCUCAAAGGCUGCAGAGCCUAAGAAGGCACUGGCUAAGGUCUCUGCUCGUUUGAGGGCAACAGAGCUCGAUAUCGAAGAGGGUGAUGUUCUCCGAGUGACGCUGAUCGAUCUCGGUAAUGACGAAUACGCUCUUGUGUUCAUUUGCCAUCACAUUGCCAUUGAUCGUGGUAGUGCUAAGUCAUUCUUGGACCAAAUGACUGCUAUCUAUGACGGCAUCAAGACCAAGAAGGAUCUUUCGAUAAUUCCUAAGCCGCAGGUCACUUACUCUGACUUCACAGUGUGGCACAAUGCAUUGAUCGCUUCUGCGGCACUCCAGCCCGAUAUCGCAUUCUGGAAGGAGAAGCUAGCCGGCAUCCCCAGUGCCAGCAAGCUUCUGCCUUUUGCCAAGUCUGAGAGACCACUUCACAAUGACUACUCUAGAUCGACAUUUACCGGUACACUGAAGACUGGUCUACUCAACCGUCUGAAGAGAGUCUGCUCACAAUCUGGUGCCACUCCUUUCCAGUUCCUCCUCACGGCUUUCCGCGCAUUUUUGUUCCGUUACACUGAAGAGAAAGACCUGACCAUCCUGGUUAUUGAUGGCAACCGACCUCACCCAGACGUUGAAGAUGUUCUCGGUUUCUUCGUCAACAUGACCCCUAUCCGCUGCCAGGAUGACUGCGAGGCCAGGUUCGACCAACUCUUGGAGACAUUCAAGGGUCGCACUCUGGAGGCCAUGUCUCACAGUAAUGUUCCAUUCGACGCUAUUGUGGACGUAAUGCAGGUGGAGAAGACUACAAGCCACUUCCCUCUUGGUCAGGUUGUUGUUAACUACCAGAUGCACGGAACAUUCCCUGUGUACCGCACCCAGGACUACAGCAUCCAUGACGUCGAGGCGGAGGACAUUCCAAGUGCAUGCGAGCUGAACCUCGAGGCCCUCGAAGACCCAGAGAAGGGCUUGAACCUCAGACUCGAGUACUCGACGACUCUCUACGGGGAGAAUGAUAUGGAGCGCUUCUUUGACAACUUCAUGGCCUUCCUGAGCAGCGCGAUCAGGGACCACCGGCAGCCAAUUGAAGAAAUCAAGGCCUGCGGCCCGAAGGAGACCGAGCUGCUGAAACAGAACUACUGGAAUAUGAGCUACACUCCUAACCAGUGGAAUGAUGUGAGCGUCUGCCAGAAGAUUCUUGAGAGCGCGGAAAAGCAGCCAGCUGCCAAUGCCAUCACGACAUCCGACGGUGACAGCAUUUCCUACGGUGAUCUGGUGGAGCGUGCGCAGAGAAUUGCUUUCUCGCUGAAGCAGUCUGGCAUCACUGGCGGACAACGAGUUGGACUUCUGUCAAAGCCCGGCAUUGAUGCUAUCACCGCAAUGGUCGGUAUCUUGCUCAACCGCUGCUGCUACGUCUCUCUGGACCCCGAGUUCGCAGUUGACCGACUAGCAUUCAUCGCCUCCGACUCUAGCUCCGCGACUAUUCUAUUUCAAUCUCCUCUCACGUCUUUGGCCACAGACGUGGUUUCGAAGUCUCCCAUUUCUCAUCAGCUUAUGGAGAUUGGCGCGGCAGCUUCUGCGCAAGAGAAGCUGCAGGAAUACACCUACUCACCAAAUGAUCCUUUCUACAUGAUCUACACUUCCGGGAGUACGGGAAAGCCCAAGGGCGUUCUCCUGACUCAGGCCAACACGCAGCAAAUGCUUGCUACGCUGAACACUGAUUAUCAGUUUACAGCCCAAGACAACUUUCUCCAUCAGUCCUCGAUCUGUUUCGAUCUCUCGGUCGUUCAGAUCUUCUCUGCACUGACUGCCGGUGCCCAGGUCUGCGUUGCAACUGCAGAGACGAGAAAGGAUCCGAUUGCUCUCGCUGAUUUCAUGCGAGAUGCAUUCGUCUCCGUGACCUACUUUACUCCUACGCAGUUCGCGUUGCUUCUCGAGCACAACAGCGCUGCUCUGCGGAAGUGCAAGAACUACCGCGUUGCUUACUCCGCUGGUGAACGUCUGCCUGUGCGGGUGGCUAAGGCUUUCUACGAUCUCGGAACCCCAGCUACUCUGUACAACACCUGGAGUCCUAGCGAGUUGGUUGUGCAGACGUCCAUUCAACGUGUUGAAUACCCGGCUCCGGACUGCAUCAACAUCCCCAUUGGUCUCCCCAUGGCUAACUGCCGCCACUACGUCCUCGACUCAUGCCUAAACCCCUUGCCAGUCGGCUUUAUCGGAGAACUGUGUGUCGGAGGAGCUCAAGUCGGCGCUGGUUACCUUAACCGCCCCGAAGUCAACGCACGCUCUUUCAUCAAAGACCCAUUCUGCUCUGACGAGGACUGCCAAAGGGGAUGGAACAGACUGUUCCGAACUGGAGACCGCGGACGCUUCCUUCCUGAUGGCCGACUCGAAUUCCAUGGCCGUAUCGCCGGUGACAAGCAGAUCAAGUUGAGAGGUUUCCGGAUCGACCUCGGUGAGGUGGAGCAGAUGCUCUACCGCGAGUCUUUCACCACUGACGGACAGGGAAUUGUCGAUAUCUCCGUCGUGGCUAGAACAGUCAACGAUGAUGCCUCACUCACCGACGACCGCCAGCUGGUGGCCUAUGUGGUGACGAAGCGCCCACUGUCGACACCAGCAGAGAAGGCGCAGUAUGCUGCCACUCUGCAGAGCCGAGUUGAGAAGCAUCUGAAUGCCUACAUGCUUCCCAACGGCUACCAAUUCCUGGACAGCCUCCCUGUCACGAUUGGAGGAAAGGUCGACCGUCAAAAUCUUCUCAGCCGCCAGCUGGAUCUAACCUACCCUUCUGCAGCGACUGCUCCCACUGAAGCACCUGCAGACUCGAAGCCUCAGGUCAACAACAGUGUCCUCAAUGCUGUUAUCAGCCUGUUCAAGAGUGUUCUGAACACUGACCGGGACAUCGCAGCGACCGACAACUUCUUCCAGCUUGGUGGUCAGAGCAUCCUGCUCCUCAGACUGCAGUCUAAGGUCAAGCGAACAUUCAAGGUGAACCCCAAGUUGCAAGACCUCCUCCGCUCACCUACUCCUCUAGCCAUUGCGGAGAUUAUCUGCUCUUUGAAGGAUGGCUCGACUGGCAGCAAAGCUAGCGCGCCGGCUCAGGAGAUCAACUGGGAGGACGAGAUCGCCUUGCCCAAUGACCGACGCUUCAAUGUGCCCUAUGGAGUGCCACGUGUAAACCGUUCCGAUGUGGCUAACGUCCUACUCACCGGUGCCGAGUCGUUCAUCGGCAUCCACAUGCUGGCUACCAUCCUCUCGGCCCGGCCGCAGACUACGGUCUUUGUUCUGGGAACCCACCAGCCGAUCCAACACCAAACGCUCAAAGAGACCUUGGAGAAGUUUAAGCUGUUCGGAGGCGAGAUCGACGAGAACGCACUGAUCACUCGUACCCGCUGUGUUGAAGGAUGCCUAGCCAAGGAGCAAUUCGGUCUUACAGACAGCUCCUUUGACUCGCUCGCCCGCUCGGUGCACUCCAUCUACCACCUGGCGUCCGAGGUGUCACUGCUCAAGACGUACCGCGACCUCAAGGCGAUCAACACAACCUCCAUUCUGAACCUCAUCCAGCUGGCGCGCCGCGGCGACCACCUCAUCGAGAUCAACCACCUCUCCACGUGGAGUGUACCGCAUCUUCAGGCCUGGAAGGGGACUAAGCGCACCCGUGAGGGCAUUAUCACAGCAGAAGAGAGUGCCACACACUUCACCCCGCCGCCUACGAAUGAAUAUGGUUACUUUAAGGCCCGCUGGGCUGCGGAGAUGCUGCUGACCGAAGCAGCUGAACGGGGCUUUCCUGUGUCGAUCUAUCGCGCCGCCGCCGCGACAGGAAGUACGGCGACCGGGGUAUCGGAGUCUCAGGACGACUUCAUACGUAGCGUCGUGAUGAACAUGAUUCAGCACAAGCUGAUCCCGCAGGUAGACACGUCGCCCGAGUUCGUAAUCGAUUUCGUGCCGGUCAACUACCUGGCGGCAACAAUGUACGACAUCUCGAGCAACGAGGAGGUGUACCAACCAGGUCUGUCAAUUUACCACAUUGGAAACAAGCAGCCACUGCAUCUGAACGAGCUGCCGGAGCUGCUGGGGGAGAUCCGGGGAGAUGGAUCCGUGGGACAAGCGAUCCCGCUGGUGGAGUGGCUGCGAGUGCUAGCCGAGGGAGCCGACGAGAAGGAACAGCUGCGGUGGGCGGUGACAAAGGACUACUUCAUGAACGGACAUACCAUGUUCGCGCUGGACCGCACCAACACGGAUGCGGUGCUGGACGUGGUCGGUGAGAGUGUGGACUGCCCGAGGAUCGACGUGCAGUACCUACGACAGAUGUGGCGGGAUGGAACCAACGCAUAGACUGUGAGAUUACUCUAUAGACAUGGUGUCUGGAGUUUGAUUUUUACUACAUGUACCUAACUAGACUGAACCUGGAUAAGAUAGAAAAGGAGAGAAAAAAGCCAAUAAAAAAGAAUUUGGGA